GGCUUUCUACCAACUGAUAGUACUGAAUUAACUGAAGAACAGUCUGCAAGCUUGAACGUGGAUGACAACAUUAUUGAAGACAGCAGUGGCAUUGCAUUAGAAAACUGUACUCUUGUUAAUACUGUAUCCCUAGUAGUUGCUGAAGAGUUAAAGAAUGGCAAUGUUUUUUAUCAUCUGCUGAAGUCAAUGAAAUUACUAACUGCAUGAUACUGGACAGUGUUCAACCUUGCCAAGCCACAGUACCUGAUACUAUUGAAGCCCAUAUAAUGUGGUCCUCCAGUUUGGAAGGGGGGCAGUUUAAUUCUCAAGAUCCAACUCUUAAUAUAGAUAUCGAAACCAAUAAUAUCGUGAAUGAGAAAACCAUCAAGAAAGACAUUACUCAGGAAAUUAAUCCUGCUCAUGAUGGAGUGCUAUAUGAAAAUGGAGACAGUCAAGGUGUUAUUCUAACAGAUGUGUGCAAAGAUCAAGAAAUUAAGGAUGUGUUACCUGUUUUUGUAGAAGCAGAUAAAUCACAAAAUAACUCUUCAUUACAACCGAAGGAGUCCCUAAAAUUUGACUAUUUAGAAUUGUCCUUACCUCCAGAACUUGCCUCCCAGCUCAUUGAAUUGUUUGGCCCUGUUGGAAUCGAUCCAGGCUCUCUAACUAUUGAGGAUUGUUUGGUUCCUAUAGACCUUAAAUUGGCUGAAGCGAUCCAUAAAAAGUGGAAACAAUCAAUAGCGGAAAGGCAUAACCAAGAAGCAUUAUCCUAUCAACUUCUGUUCGAAGACUUUUCAACCAAUGACCAAAUACAUCUGGACAGUCUUCUUCAGGAACAGGAGUCUAGGUUGGCUGGCAAAGAUUUCGUUGUUUCCCAGGAAGGAACAGAUAUGUUCCCUAUCAUGGACCAGUGGAAUACCAGAAUAAAGAAAGUUUCACUGCGACAGAUUAUGUCAGAAGAAAUGGCAUUACAGGCCCGGGAAGAUAUGAAGAAACCUUCCUCAUUGACAAACUGCGCUGUGAAAAUGAAGGAGAAACAACUUUUGGAACUGUUUCCUAAUCUAGAGCAAAAUCUGCUUAUGGAUAUUUUUAAAGAAAACAAUUAUUCUUUAGAGAAGACAGAAGAAUUCAUCAGCUCAGCACUAGAAUCUGAUCCUGUGCAGAAUGUUGUGGCUCAAGGAUUUAAACAGGAGCUGCCCUCAUCAACUGACAGAAUGAAGGAAAAGAGAGCAAAAGCAGAUAAAGAAGAUCUUGGUGAUCGCUAUUUCCAGGAUUUGGAUUCCCCAGAAUAUGAUGACUUCAGGGCUGAGGCCCUUCUCUAUCAUCAAAAGCAGCAGGAAAGUUACAGGAAAGCAGCAGAAGCUCACAACCGGGGAAUGAAACAAGUUGCAGCUUUUUAUGCUCAACAGGGCUAUUUGUAUGGACAGAAGAUGAAAGAAGAGAAUAACAGAGCAGCUGUGCAGAUCUUUGAACAGGCUAAUGAGUACCUCCUGCCAGAGAAUAUACUAGAUUUACAUGGACUUCAUGUAGAUGAGGCUAUGAAACACUUCCGCAGGGUCCUGCAAGACAAGACAGAAGAUUAUCGACAGAAUGGAGGCAGCCCACACCUUCUUGUGAUAACUGGAAGAGGGAAUCGAAGCCAAGGGAGGUGUUGCACGCAUUAAACCAGCAGUCGUAGACUACCUCACAAAUCAUGACUUCAGAUUUCAGGAGAAGACACCAGGUGCCCUACGCAUCACACUCAAAUGA